GCGCAACUUCAAAGCCCUAAUAUCGAUUUCUUUUGUUUGGUCGUAACUUUAGUAUUAAAGUUUGGAUUUUUUUGAAUUAAAUUUGAGCUGAAGAGUUAAAAAGAUGAAGAGAAGGAGGAGGGAUCUGAAACAAGCGGCGGAGUCAGAGCAGGAGGAAUGUCAGAGCGUUCCCCAGGUCGUCUCUCUCAGAGAUUCCGAUCAACUUCAGUUUCCAAUUGCUGUUUUGUUGUCUCUUUGAAGAUAAUGGAUGAAAAAGGAGACAACUCAUUAGCAUUGCUUCCCGCCAAACUUCCUAUGCGCAUGUGUAGCACACGAGAGAGAAGAAAAUACACGUGCGAGAUUCCUCCGGAUCUCUUGAUGGAAAUUGUUAUGAGAUUGCCAGCAAAGUCCAUGGUGAGGUUCAAAUGCAUCUCCAAGCAGUGGUCAUCUCUCAUCUCUUGUCGAUAUUUUUGCAACAGUUUAUUUACUUCUGUCACACGAAAAAAACAACCACAUAUACACAUGUGUUUAGUGGAUCACGGCGGGCAACGUGUGCUGCUAUCAUUAUCAUCAACGUCUCCAGACAACACUUGUUAUGUGGUCGACCAAGAUUUGAGCCUCACAGGAAUGGGAGGCUUCUUCUUGAAUCUUGUCCGUGGCUUGUUGUGUUUCUCAGUUAGAGAAAAGGCAUGUAUCUAUAACCCCACCACUAGACAGCGCUUGACCUUACCCGCAAUAAAAUCCGACAUCAUAGCUCUAAAAGAUGAAAGGAAGGAUAUCCGGUAUUAUAUCGGGCACGAUCCUGUUAAUGAUCAGUACAAACUAGUCUGCACGAUUGGGAUAUCCUCUGCAUUUUUCACAAAUCUAAAGUCAGAGCAUUGGGUCUUUGUUCUAGAAGCUGGAGGUUCGUGGAGAAAGGUUCGUACGCUGGAGAGUUACCAUCCUCAUGCUCCUUCCACAGUAGGACAGUUUAUCAAUGGAUCGGUAGUAUAUUAUAUGGCUUGGCUUGAUAUGGACACUUGUGCUGUUGUGAGUUUCGACAUUACGUCUGAAGAGUUGACUACCAUCAUAGUAACUCUAGAGGCCGGGGAUGUGGCUCUGCCUGCAGGUAGGAUGAAGGCGGGUCUUAUACAGUAUCAUGGGGAAAUAGCUGUUUUCGAUCACACCCAUCUCAAAGAAAAGUUUCUGGUGGAUUUAUGGGUAUUGAAAGACGCUGGGAUGAAGAAGUGGUCGAAGAAGAGGCUGGUUUUACAGCCUUGUCAAAAGCAUUUAGUCCAUGAUGACAUUGAACUGGUCGUAAAAGGUACAACUCAAGAUGGCAAGGUUAUCUUGGCACCGGUAAACAUGUGUUCUCAAUUAUAUAUUUUGUGUUACGAUAUGGGAAGCAAUGACCUAAGAAAGGUUGAAAUCAAAGGAGUACCAGACAUUUGGUUUGAUAAGGAGUGCUAUUUCGACUUGAAGUACUCUCUGGAUGAGAGUGAGGACGUCAUCUACUUGGAAACUUGACCAUUGACUUUGUUUUUCUAGCUGUUUAAACAACUGAGUUAAAAAUAAAUUUGAACUUUGUCAGAGAGUU